UCUGACCGAAUUACUGACUGCGAUAAAAUAGGAAAGGAAAAUAAUAAUCAAAAUCUAUCAAAGUGAAAUGCUGUCAUGUUGAAAUUUUUAAUACAUAUUAUUUAGAAGUAUAAAAAAUAUGUUAGAACGCAACUUUGUGGAAGUUAAUCAGAUAAAUGACUUUUUAUCGUUUUUGUGGAGUAUUGACUGGAGAGACCCAUGGCUGAUAGGAUUAUUUACUUUUCACAUUUCCAUCUUUAUGAUGGCUAUUUUAACUAGAAAUUAUGGAAAUUUUCAAGCACUAUUAUUUUUCUGUCUGCUGUUACUUGUAUAUUUCUCAGAAAGUAUAAAUAAAAUGGCUUCGACAAACUGGAAAAUAUUUUCGAGACAACAGUAUUUUGACAGCAAUGGACUUUUUAUAUCAGUAGUGUUUUCCAUGCCAAUUCUUUUGAAUUGUAUAUUAAUGGUGGGUAGUUGGUUAUACCAGUCCACACAAUUGAUGACAAAUCUGAAAAUGGCCCAGCUUAAAGAACAACUAAAGAAGGAACAAGCAAUAAGGGAAAGAGAAAAGGCAAAAGCUGAUUAGAGCAAUUCAAACACUACGAAUUCUACUACUAUGAAAGAAUUUACAAUUAAUUUUUUCACUGCACUAACAGCUUAGGUUAAGGUACUUUACUAACUUUCUGUUUAUGAUUUUUAUAAAAUUUAUUUUUAUAUAAAGUUACCACUUGUUACUAGAACACUAGGUUGCAAAAACAUAUACUUACCAGGAUUUUCUUUUGCAAAAUUUACUUCCUAAGACAUAACUAUUUAAUAAGUCUUACUGUAUCUCAUAUAACUAAAAUAAUUUUUACGAAUAGAAUAUCAUUUUAGUAAUAGCGAUUUAAAUAAUAGCAGACGAUCAGAAAUCAUGAUUUAAAUCUUCGGACAUAAUAUAUUCGCGAUGUUCUCCUUUUAACUAUAUAUUUUUAUACUCUAAAAAUAGUUACUACAACCAUAAAAAAGUUUUGUAACUCUAAAGUUAUCAACUAGUCAAUUUGAAAAUUUAUAUUAAACGAUGCCAUGAAUAUAUUUUAUAAGGUUAAUCUCUAGUAACUGUAUAAAUAGCAGGUGAAAUAUUUUUUUUAGAAUAAGACUGAAUGUGAUGAUGUGCGAUCCAUGUGAUGUGGAAUAAUAAAAGUGAUGCUUUUUAAUUAAAA